AUGGCUAAAGUCACAGGGCGAGUUCGAGAUCAACUUCGACAGGCGGCUAGUGAUGCCGACGAAUUGGUCUUGACCCCCGUGGGCAUGGUCCCCAAAUCAAACGUUCAUAUUGUCCCCCAAGGCGGCAAAAUACUGCACUCCGCAUCUGAAGUCCGCCUUCUCGACGCUGAUGGAAAGGUUCUGCAUGCCUCGGCUUUAAAAAAGUCGUCGAAGCCUUUCUUCACCGCCCACAACAAAACAGAACCUGCUGUCGGUCCCCGUAACCUCCAGUCGGCGACUGUUCUGGCCUUGGCUCAAGUGAGCAGCGUAUCGGGAUUCCAAUCCAGAUGGGUUCUCCCCCCGCUUCCUCAAGUAAACAGCGGCCAGCUCCUCAUGUACUUCUCCGGCCUUGCCCCACCUAGCAUCGAUGCUCUCAUUCAACCAACAUUGCAAUACGGUGUUUCUGCCGCCGGUGGAGGCAACUUCUGGAGCGUUGCCUCGUGGUUCAUUACAUCAACCCAGAUAUUUGUCACCAACGUCACCCAGCUGCCAACAGGAAACCAGAUUCUCGACUCAUUUGUAGUCAAUGAAGAUCAAUUCCUAGGUACUCCGACGACUCAUGCUUGGUUCACCGGCUUCUCCUUCUUCCAAGCAUCGCAGCUCAAUAUCCAGACGGUGGAGAAUUUCAAUGUCGCCAUUGUAGCGCUCGAAAUAUCUAAUGCUAUCACCCUUGGUAACUUGCCGACAGGGCCCACUGACGUUGAGCAAAUCUUCAUUUUGGACGCUAAUUCGAACAGCAUUUUCCCAAUCCCGUGGCAAUUCUCGGAGGAUACAGCUGAUGGUAUCACAAUUAACAGAAUUCCAAAUACAAUCAGUGGCGACGAGACCUUGUUCUUCCAGUAUUAA